AUGCCUCCCGAACCCUCGCUGCAGCGCGCUUCGGCGGAGCCGGCGCAAACCCGCGCAGAAACUAUCAUCGGCGGAAGAUACCGGCGCAUUUGCCAGAUUGGAGUGGGCGCGCAGGCGACCGUGUGGGAGUGCGUGAAUUUGCGCGCCGCUGCUGCGGAGGCGCGAGCGCCGGGUCAGCCUUUACUCUUAAAGGAAACGCCCCGACAAGCGGUAGAUUCUCCUCCGCGAUACUCAAGUGUCGCGGACUCGUCGUCUCCAGGAGUCGCCGAAUCUUCGCAAAGAGUCGCCUGCAAGAGCUUUCGACUUUCCCGGGCAGCCGCCGCCACUGCUGCUUUACCGUUCAACGCCUUCAGCUCACCGUCUGUCGCGGCUUUUGAGGGACCUCGAAAGGCGUUUGACUCUCUCACCGCAUUCAACGGCGGCCAUCGCGACUCGGAGCUCCUUCACCUUCGCCAAUCGCCGCUGAUGCGGCUAGAUGCCUUCGCGGAGGUUUCUUCGCUGGAAGUGGUAACCGGGCAUCCGAAUAUCGUUCGCCUGCUUGACGUCGUCGUAGAGCCGCCACGUCAGAUUCUACCCGAAGCUGUUACUACCAACCGAAACCGCGAAACGUCAUCUUGCGGUCCGGCUGAAGCUGAUACCGCAGUUCCUUAUGCUACUAGUCCUAAGACUAGUGGUGAUAGUAGUCCCAGUAGUAACCGCUGGAAGGUACACGUGAUUAUGGAGUAUACAGAUUCCGAGGACCUACUAACGGAGAUCGUGAAACGUGGUCCGUUGACGGAGAGCGACGCGGCCGCCGUUUUCCGUCAGAUCGCGUCCGCCGUGGCGUUUUGCCACGCGAGCGGCGUCAUUCACCGCGACAUCAAGCCAGACAACGUGCUGCUCACUCGACCGCCGUCGCCGUCCGCAUCCCCUCCUCCCGCCGCCUCCCACACGCGCCGCUGCCGCGCGUCGUGCUCCUUGCCUCCCCCCUCCUCAUCCUGCUCCUCCUGCUCCUCUCCCCCCUCCUCCUCCGCGUACCCUCAGUCCUCCCCAUGCUCGUCCCCCCCCCGCUCCCCGCUCUACUCCACACACCCAUCCGCGCCUUCCGCGCGCGCCCCCUCCUCCGCGCAAGCCGCUUCUCCCGCCCAAUCCAACCACUUUCCCGCUCGCUCUCCCCACUCUGCCUCACCAGGGGCUGGAGGAUCACCAAAACAACCUCCUCCUACCGCUUCCAACCGCUCUGACAAACCUUUCGACCGUUCCAGCUAUAUUGUGAAGCUAGCUGAUUUUGCACUGUCAACACACGUGGAGGGGGGCCCUAGGGGGAGGAAAACCGACGCAGGGGCAGGCACUAGACUGUAUAUGGCCCCGGAAAUGCUUGGGGGAGGGGAGGGGAAGAAGAGGAGCGGUGGGGGGGGAGGAGGAGGGGAGGGGUAUGGUUGCAAGGUGGAUGUAUGGAGUAUGGGUAUCACUCUUGCUGCUAUGCUCACUGGUCGAAUCCCGGGAACUCCGGUGAAUUUCAAUGGGGUGGUUUGGCAAGGGGUGUCGGCGGGAGCGAAGGAUCUGAUCCGUCGGAUGCUCCAGGAGGACCCGGAUCGACGGCUGAGCUCGUUUGAGGUGUUGGAGCAUCGGUGGUUGCUGCAGGCAGGAGGGAAGAAGCCAGGGAACAGUGAUCUUGCUCCCACCAGCAUUGCUGCUGCUGCUGCUGCUGCUGCUGCUGCUGCUUCUGCUGCUGGUGCUGCUACUGCCUCUCCUGCUGCUACCACCACCGCUGCUGCUGCUGCUGCACCGUCUGCUAGUGCGGCUAUAGCAGGGUGGGCAAGCCUCCUCCCCAUGCGCCCACGCACCACUACCGCAGGGGGGCAUUGUGACCCAGCAGCGCGGCAGCAGGCGCCAAAAGCGCUGUCAGUCACGGCCUGGCAGCCUUGGUAUGGAAGGCAGAGCAUAGGCGCGUGGGCUUGA